UCCAUGGGGGGGUUCCCCCUCCCGUCGUCGUCCAGGCGGCGUCAGAGCCGCCCCGUGACGUCACAUCCGUGACGGAAGGCGACGCGCGCCUGCGCGUGCGCGUCACCACCACUCGGGCCUUCUCCUGCUGCCCGCUCCGUGCACGGCGAGCGCCUCGCGGCGCCUCCUCUCCCCGUCUCUCUUGUACCUCUCGCCAUCACCACCAUCAUAAUCUCCCUCCUCCCCCACCCCAGCCACUCUCUGCGUUGUCGCUCCUCCGCGUUCCCGCGCCGUUCUUCCUCGCCGCUGAUGUUAGCGUCAUGAGCUCGGAGUGCGGCCCGGGACUCGCGGAGGAGGAGGAGGUGGCGGCGGCGUCGCAGCAGCAGCAGCGACCCCAGGAGCAGGCGAGGGGACGGGGUCCGAAGCGGGCAUCACGACGAAGACGGCGCGAUGGAGAAGACCCUCGUCACCCGCGCGUGACACGCAAAAGGAAGUUACAUCACAGCGGUCUGUCAGGAUCGACGCGACAGAUUUGGGACAACCCUGCAGAUAUGGAAACUCACGGCUCUAUCCUGCUGCCAAAUUCAGAAGUGGAACAUGUAGACGUUGUUGACCUCACAAGUGAAACAACGCUUGUGGAUGCUGAUGUUGUGGAUCUAACAAGUUUAGACACCACCGAGAUCAUAGAUGUCGAGUCCGAUCAUUCCAUGAUUGAAGUACAAAGACAACAGAGUGAGGAGGUGGAAGAGGAUGAGGAUAGAUUGGAGGUUUUGGAAAGGGAGUUUCCAGAGAUUAGGUUUUUGCGGGAGGAUAAUUCGUCCGAAGAGGUGACGAUAAGGGAAGAGCCAGGGCAACUGGUCCAGCCAAUGCUGCUCAUCAGUGACGAGGAGGAUGGAGAGGUCCAACUUCUCUCACCGGCCGGGCCCAGCACAAGGUCCAGCACGACAGCCCGGGCGGCUGGGGCUCAGGGUGCAGAGAAACCUGCGAGUGAACCCGAGACCACCAUUUCCUGUCCGCUGUGUCUGGAUGAGCUGAAUCAGGUGCACAUGAGUGGUCGACUGAUGUGUUCCACGGUUUGUGGCCACGUCUUCUGCAGCGUUUGCAUCCGAGAUGCAAUAAAAUCCAUGGCCAAGUGUCCUUUUUGUCGAAAAAAAUUGACUCUCAAGCAAUACCACCCAAUCUACAUCUGAAAAUUAUAACUCGCGCACAUCUCGGGAACUUCCAAUUGUGCGCAGAUACCGGUCACCCCAAACAUGCGCAUUUGAAGGGCAUUGCUACCUGAUGUUUGUGCGUGUGCGUGCAUUAAGUGCACGACUCCUCACCACACGCUUAAGCAAUACCAACUAGUCAGAGACAACUGCAACCAAUGGACGUCGAACGGGAGUCAACAGCUGGUGUAUAUACAAUGAAUAAUAAUACAUGAUGUUCAUGCAAUGGACAUGACCCACCUUCAGACAAUGCCCCCCCCACCACCUACAAACCUCUUACCAUCCUGAUCGACUUGACACUUGGCUUCCAGGCCCCAGCCCCUUCACAAACGCUUAGAAUGUGACUUUUCUAUCCAGGUGUUUUGUUUAGAUAUAGUUUAUUGCAUUAAAAUAUAACAGAUAGAAACAUACAUUUGGGGUUAGGUAAUUGCCAUUUUUAUGUUGUAAUUACUUUGCUUUAUACCUGUUCACGUUUUGUAAGAGUUGCACAUAAAAGAUGGUUGUGUACUGGGUACAUGGAUUUGAGCAGGGAUACAUAUUGGCUUGACAUCCAUUACUGAUGAGUGUUUUGCUUUGGAUGACGUCAUUCAUUUUAUCUUGAUCUGAAAAUGCACAGUCCAUGUAUAUUAAUAAAUGAACAAGAAUAUACACAUACAAUGCGUUUGCCAGGUUAUUGGCCUGGAAGCAUGGAUGGUUCGCUUUCAACUUUAUGAUUAUCUUUGUGUACAAUUUUGAAAUGUUCUUAAUGUCUUGUGGUAAUAAAGAGCUUUGAGAACUGUGCUUUUCAUUUUAA